AUCCACAACUCAAGGAGAGGCGACGUGAUUCUUCUGUGUGUUUCUCAAGGAGAGCUCCAUUACGCGUUUAAUUCUCCGUGAGAAAUCCCGAGCUUCAUUUGAUCGUGGAGAAAGAGAGGCGGGGAAAGGGGAAGAAGAGCAAGGCAGGUGAAGGAAGACAAGGUUUAAUCAGGUGGACGGAGAGGAGGAGAUGAAAUCACGCCGCUAAAUAUGAUGCGCUUUCUGCUGGACUGCCUGAGGCCGGGACGCCAGCGCGCUGGCUGCGGCAGAGAAAACUCGGUGGAAAUCCCAAGCAAAGGAGGAGACCCUGUUGAAGAAAAUGAACUCAAGGAUCUGGAGGACGUGGUGGCGAUGGAGGAAGGGGCUCUGCAGAGAGACAGGGCUCAGUGCCGGGACAACCAGCAGGCCCUCGAGAACCUGGCCAAGAGGAGAGCACAGCUGAAGGAGGAAAUCGAACGCAUCCAAGAGCAGCGCAAGCAGGAGGGCCAGCUGCUCCUGUCCCUGCAGGAAGAGCAGGAGGAACUGGAGCAGAGAGUGCAGGAAUACGACGCAGAGCUGACGAGAGCUCGAGAGGAGCUGCGGCGCCUCCAGGAGGAGAUCAGCAGCACCAGAGCGAGGGUGGAGGAGGUACACGGACGCAUGGGCCCGCUCAAACACUGCAUCGGAGACACCUACACCGAGAUCACAGAGGCUAAACAGAGACUGGGUGAACUGAUUACUGAGAUGAUCGCCAUUGAGGCAUGCGCUCCUGAGAUCACGUCCCACCAAGCGUCAGACACCUUAAGCAGUUCCAGAGAGGAAGACGAGGAUACCGAAGAGCACAGCGACCAUGUUUACGAGGAAGAAAAAGCUCUCAGAUAUCACAGUGUGGAGAACGAGCCUUCUGAGCAGGAACAGGAAGAAGGACCUGAGAAACUACAGCGCUCUGCUGAGAACUUGAAGAGCAGUGGUUCGUCUUCAUUCACUGAGAUCACUUUGACGGAGUUUAAAGAGGAGGAUGCAUCACCCAGAUCGAUAACCUCACAGCACACAGGCUCUGCUGAUCUGGGAGAAGAGGAUUUUGAAAUCGUCCAGUCCCUCAUGUCCAAACCGGUUAAUCAAAGUGCUAGCAAGGAGUUUGACUUCUUCAACCCAGACCCUUUUGUUGAUUGUGACGUGUUCGGAGAUGAACGCUUUCCGAAAGUGGAUAUGACAGAAUUCCUAUCUGGCGAUCCAUUCAAAGGCAGCGACCCCUUUGCUUGCGAUAACAUGUUCAGUGAGGUAGCAAACGGGUCGUUUCCUCAGGAUUCUCCCCUCAGUGAUGAAGGCGAUGUUAAAGAAAUCAGCCCUCUGCCUUUGAGUCCUGAAACUGCUAAUCAAGAAGAAGAACAUGCAGAUAUCUCAAAUGUUGCCCAUAUUCCAGUUAGUUCCAACUGCAGUCAGUCCAUUGACUCUGGGAUGUUUGAACAAAACGUCCCUGAGCUGGCUGAUUCUGAGAAACACACGUCAUACGUUGACGUCUGUCCUCAGGUUGGAAUCGAAAUCACAGUGACCCAAGAACUCGACAAGGUGGAACUAUGUAACACCAUAAGAAACGAGUCAGAUUUGCCGGCAAGCCCAGAGAUCGAAGAUGGGGGACGAUUUGACCCUAUUGUUUGUGAAUAUAAUGACAUUCACGAAUCUGAAUCCAGUUCCACAGUUGACAGCUCCUUUGAUGGAGAUUUUGGCAUGGCUGAAGAUCAUCCAGUGGAAGAGCCAGAAGUUGAGGCAGGACCCAGUUAUGUUAAAAGGAAUCAAGCGCUGUACGGACUCCAGCGGAUCGAUACAAGCUCAUACACGAGUUUUCCUCUCAGUCCUGAUGCAUAUGAUCCAGAGCCAUUUCCUGGUAGCAGUACCAUAGAUGAGAAACAAUCGUCCUUUAGUUCCAGUCUCAAAACUGUGAGUGAAAUAAAGCCUGAGAUGGAAUCAACUGAAGACACUGAAACUGCUGAUCCCGGUAAUCCAAGCCCUCCCAAUCAAGAGAUUCAUGAUCUAAACAGUGAUCAUUGUGAUCUUGAAAGAGAGCUCAAAGAAGAUCAUUUCGGUAAUACAAAUGACCCGAGCCAUCCUGAAGAACCCGCUGACCCAGACGACCACAAAUUUGGAGAUAUAUAUUUCUUCACAGUCCGGUUAGACCCUGGCAGUUCUGACGCUAGCCCCGUUUCUCCUGAAGUAAGUGAGAAAAAGAAAUCUGAGGUUGAUCAUGCGAGUCCUGAAUCUGUUGACACAGACGAAUUUGACUACACUGCUCCAGAGGACCCUAUGCAGCACAGUCUUGAAGAUUAUCCAGAGGAAAGCUUUGACAAAGAAGAAUCUGAGGUCAGACCAGAGCAACCCCCCAUUAGUCCUGAACCAAAUGAAGCGGUUGAGUCUGAGAUAAAAAACCUAUCUUCAGUCCCUGUUUCUCUUGAAAUGAAAGACCAAGGUGCUGGCCUUGACCCUUUUGAAUGCAGUAUGUCUGAUUUUGAGAGCAGUACUAUAUUUAAAGCCCAAUCAGAAGGUACAGAAAAGGUUGACUUGGCUUGUGCUGUGGAUGCAAAUUCAGAGAGUUGUAAAACAGAGCCUGUAGUUCAGUACCUCAUUAGCCCUGUCUCAGGUGACACUGGGAUGUUCGCGACUGAUGGUUAUAAGCUUUGUGCUCGCAACCCCUUCAGCUUUGACACUGGUAGCAUAGAUCACUGUGACAUUACUGAAAGAAAUCCUGAGCCUCCUGCCACUGAAACUAGCAUUAUAAAGGAAUCUGGCUCAUCUGAGACAAAUCUCCAAAGUCUGGUCCUACUUGAUCCAGUACUCAUAGGAAACCCAGUACAUGUAUUUGAAGCCAAAAAUCCAAACACUGACAAUGGAAGACUAGAUUCUGGGUAUCAUGAAUUUAGCGGACUGGAUCCUUUCAGUCCCGUGCCAACAGAUUCACAUCCAUUGUCUACAGAAAUGGCUCCAGGCUCUGUAAGUGACAAUGUAGACAUAGAGCCCAAUCCCACCAAUUCGGAUAUACAGGUUCCUGACCCCUUUAGCCCAGAGUCCAGUGAUAUAAACAUAUUUGAUUCUGAACCUGAUACCUGCAACCCUGCCACCAACGAUGGAACAGUGAAAGAUUCAGGUCUUGGAUGUACCGGUUCUUCUGAUGUUCUUGCCGAUUCCUUUAGCGGAUCCGAACUUGACAGUUUUGACCCCUUUAGUCCGAUGCCGCAUCUUACAGGAAGCAGUUACGCUCACUGCAACACAGAUAUCCUUGUCCCCGGAUCUGUCCAAGAUGAUUCCAUAUCUUAUGGAGAUAACAGAUCCAGUAGCUGGGACUCUGGAGUUAGUCAGUCUCCUCAACUACACUGUGAUUCUGCACCAAUUAGAGCAGAUCCCCUCGUACCACCUGAGGCUAAUCUGGUUAGCCCUGAAAACCUAAGCUAUUCCCACAGUUAUUCAACAGACUUCUUUUUCCAGUCUGAUUCCAAUACCUUGAAUGACGUUGUCUCUUUUACACCCAACGAUAAGAAAGUAACCAUGCCAAACAAAAACACCACGGUAAGUGUCACAGCUAUGGAAGACCUUGCCGAAAUUGAUUUCUUCUGCUCUGAGCUCAGUAAAAUGGUGGCCUCACGUUCUUCUGAUUCCGUUCAGCAAAGUGUCACGGAAAUGCUUUUUGGUUCUAAUCCAGACACUGCCAAGUUCUAUCCAUGGGAUUUGGAAAACAGCCACGCUGAUAUUAAAGACACCUCAAGUCCGGAAGACAAGGCUGAGAAACCUAGUUUGCUAUGAUGAAGGGGCCACUCCUAAAAGAUUGCACGGACACAUGUAGUACGUUUAGAGAAGCUUCUUCUGUUCUCUGUUAGGAAUCUCAUACUUCCAGGAAAUGACGUCAUUAUAUUGACUGAACAUUACUUUGAACAUACACAUCAUUUGACACCAGAAGAAUGCCUACAGUAGCAAGGACAACAAGACCUGUCUAAUAUGGAGGUGCUGUGAAGCCGGAUGAUUACUGAAGCCUGAAUCAUUGGUUACUGAAUCUUCCUAGAAAUAAAUAUCGUCCUUGACCGUUAGGUUUUCACCCUUUUAGAAAGAAAGUUUCUGCCAUUUUAGCAGUAGACUAAAUCUGAUGGCCUGCAAAUCCUCGUAAAAGCCGACAGAUGGUUCAAGUAGCGCCACUGCACCACACUGCUACUACUUCCAUGUACCACGUACUAAAAUGCACUGCACAUAUCAGUUGUCUUCUUCCACUGUGUAUGUUUUUUGAAAAGAAUCCCAUCACCUGAUGUGACAAGCAUGCGACAUUAUCCUUCCCAGCUUCUCGGGUUAUUUCAGGGGGUGUAACGUAUGCCUUUAUUCAUACAUCAUCCAUACAAACCGGACUUCUUUAACAGGGUUUAUUUCUAGACGAACAUCUCAAAACAUUUGAGCGAGACAGCAAGAGAUGACACAACUGACUCCCACUGAAUACCUCCAGUACAGUGCUGCAUGAAUCAAGUGUUCUUAAGGCGUGUAUAUAGAGAUUAUUAAUUCAUCCACUGGCUAUGAUUAGCUCGGGUUAGAAAUUUUUUGUUAUAUGUAGCAGUGUUUGCAUCCCGUGAGUGAGUCUGGUAAAGAAGCCAUUACAUUUGUAUGAUCUACAUUACUUACUAUCUCGAUCAUGCUAAGUAGCAUUUUCUACAGAGUUCUAUGAUUCAUUUUCACACACUACCACCACCACCACAAAGCAUUGUAUAAGAGCUCUGCUUCAUUAGGCCUUGGAAUCUGCAAUACUAAUGAAUAUAUAGAGAUUUGCUUAUGUUUUAUAAGUAAUUCAUAAAACUCAUAUAUGAAAUGAUAUAAAAUGACAUGUUCAGCCUAAUGUAACUACAGACAAAUCGAAACCAAUGAAGAUUUUAAGCUACUGAUACAUGAAUUCUGUCAUAUCUGUGUGUAUGCCUGUACUAGAUGUCUGUCUGUUCUUGUGUGCAAAGUGUUUUAUCAUCAUUGACAUCAGAACAUUACUUUGUAAAAUAAAUGAACAUACAGUAUAUUAUAUAUAUAAAAUGCAGUAAAAGUUUUAAAACAACUGUACUUGUCAGUUUUAUGAUUUCUAUAUUAGGCCCUAGGUGUGAGCCCAAAG